AUGACGGCAGCAUCGCAGGUGUUCGAUCUGCCUGAGCUCGUUCGGGACAUUCUCGAUCAAGUCUACGAACAAGAAUCCAGUAAUCGGCUUCACAGCAACGAUCGCCUCAAAUUACAGCCUCUUGCUUAUUCAUUAGAGGAUGAUAGAGGACCUCAUGGACCUCAGGUGCCGCCCAAUUUGGCGGGAUUACAGUUGUCUGGGCCUCCUGGUAUGCAGAACUUCCCACCAUUCACUCCAGUGGCUCUCCAACUACCUCAGGAAUCUCAGCUCGCUCCCGGUAUGCCAAAUCUUCUACCACUUCCCGAUUCCAUGGGUCCUCUGAGAGUCGCAGGACCUGGUAUGCACCCUGAUAUGCCAGGUCUCCCGACACCCAACUCAGGAUGGCAAACACCCCCACAAUCAUUCAAAAUCGAUAACCAACUCGAUGGUCAGCUGCUCGACAAGAUCUUGAACUCAUGUCCUCGAGUUCAACACCUUGGACUAUCACACAAGUUUGCAUGUGGGUAUUCAUCGCAGUUCUCUCAGCACCUGUUGCACUUACUACGUAGUCUGAAACAUCUACGUUCGUUGCGGAUGGACUGUAAAUGUUUGACAGAAGACGCGAUUGUCUUUUUGAUUACUCAUCAAGGACUCCAGGUGUUGAAGGGUCUCCGUUGCGGGGCCGACAGGAUCACAACAGCCAUGAGGCGUAUAUCUCCUGCUCAAUCUUUCCCAGCCCUUCGCGUACUUGAUAUGCAUCUCGAUCAAACGUCUAUUCCGUUACUGCUCGAAAAUGUAACGACCCUGCAAGAACUGAGGCUGACCGACGUCUCACCAAACGCCUUUGCAACAAUUGGUAAACUCAAGGGGCUGACUAAAUUGACUCUGACCGUCGAUAAACAAGAGUCUAGAAUACUCACGGAUCACCAUUUCUAUGAACUCCAAUCUCUUUGCAUCCUUCGAAAGCUGUCAGUCACAUCGGUGGAAUUUUCUUAUGUGCAUGGUAUCCAGGACUUCAACCAAACGAUCGCCGCUCUGGCGACAGGGCUCCCACGACUUCAAGAAUUGGGACUUAUACUGUGUAACGUUUUCGAUGGCGACGUCCUCCGCACAAUAGGCACAGAAUGUCCUCUACUCCACGACCUCCGAAUUCAAGAUUGCAGGUUGAACCAAGCAGAUCUAGAAGAAGGCCAUCACCCCCUCUUUCGUCGGCUCAAAACAUUCGACAUGAGAACGUUAUAUCUUUCAGGUCAACACGGUGACCUCAUCUGGGGAGUAAGAUCUGUAGGUGACCCUAUAAAUCAAUCCACCACAAUGUUCCACCACAUCCCCGAAUACUUUCAAAGCUUGAAUGAAACGGAAGACCAUCUCUACGAAUCACGUAUCAUCGAACAUCCACUCGUUACGCAAGUGCUGGCACAAUCUAUCGUGGAGAAUUUUCCAAAUUUGAUCCGGUUUGAUGUUUCGGCUUCGAGCAAUGGAGCGAUCUUGACGAGGAUGUUUGAGGAGAUUAAGGGUAUUGCAGGUCCGAAGCCAUUAGACGUGCCAAGAUGGAACAUAGCUUUUGGUGAUGGUGAUGAUGACUAUAGCAUAAGGAACUAACAAGUAAUGCUUUGAUGUUCUCCAAAAACAUGCAGAAGACCUUAGACGAGAAGCUCAAAACCCAGACGAACAGAUACAAGGAAUCUCACAAGGC